AUGGCGUCCGGAAACCCUUACACCCUCAAAUGGGGCAUCAUGGCCACUGGCGGCAUCGCAGAGACCUUUUGCAAGGAUAUCCUGUGCAGUCCUGCAGUCCGAGGCGCCGACGACGUGCGUCACGAAAUCGUUGCCGUAGCCUCCUCCAGCAGCAGCCAGAGGGCGGCGGAAUUCCUCCAGAAGAUCAACGGUGCCUUUGACGCCAAGACGUACGGAUCGUACCCGGAACUCGUCGUCGACCCCAACGUCGACAUCAUUUACGUGGCAACCCCCCACAGCCACCACUUCCAGAACACCAUGCUGGCGCUGGAGGCCGGCAAGCACGUCUUGUGCGAGAAGGCCUUCACCGUGACCGCUGCCCAGGCCCGAAAGCUGGUCGAGACGGCCAAGGCGAAGAAGCUGUUCUUGAUGGAGGCUGUGUGGACACGAUAUUUCCCGCUGAGCAUCAAGGUUCGAGAACUCAUUACCUCUGGCGAGAUUGGCACCGUCUUCCGAACAAUUGGUGACUUGUCGAUCAACUCAAACGCAGAGGAGGGCAGCGGAUUGAGAUUCGCAGACUCUCAUCGGAUGGUCAACCCCGACCUCGCAGGCGGCGCAACUCUCGAUCUUGGAGUUUAUCCCCUCACCUGGGUGUUCCAGACGCUGUAUCACUUACAGCCAGAACAAGACAAGGAGGCCCCAACCGUGAUUGCUUCCAGCAACAAGUACACCACCGGCGCGGACGAGAACACGGCCAUCAUCUGCAGCUUCCCCGGCCACAACAGUAUCGGCAUCGCCUCGACGACGAUGCGAGCAGACACCGACCCCGAGGGCGUCGUCCCGGCCGUCCGCAUCCAAGGAUCCAAGGGAGAAAUCCAAGUCUUCGCCCCGGCCUACCGGCCGACCAAGUACAGGGUGGUCAAGAAGAACGGCGAGGCCCAGACGGUCGACUGCCCCCAGCCCACGGACCCUGCGCGCAACAACUGGGGCCACGGCAUGUUCUGGGAGGCGGACGAGUGCGCUCGCUGCUUGCGUGACGGCAAGUUGGAGAGCGCCACGUUGCCCUGGAAGGAGAGCAUCGUCAUCAUGGAGACGAUGGAGGAGGCGCUGAGGCAGGGAGGCAUCACGUAUCCGGAGCUGAUUACCACGGAUGUGUACGACCCCAAGAGCCCUCUCAACACGGGCAAUCAGUGA